CGGAGCCCAUGGACCUGAGCGCGGCCGCCGCGCUGUGCCUCUGGCUGCUGAGCGCCUGCCGCCCUCGCGACGGACUCGAAGCGGCCGCUGUGCUGCGAGCGGCGGGGGCAGGGCCGGCCGGGAGUCCCGGGGGCGGCGGCGGUGGCGGCGGGCGGACCCUCGCCGCAGCUGCGGGUGCCUCCACUGGCCCGGCCGCCGCGGCCCCCGGGGCCCGCGCUGCGCGGCGCGCUGCCAGCUCCGGCUUCAGGAACGGCUCCGUGGUGCCGCACCAGUUCAUGAUGUCGCUUUACCGGAGCCUGGCCGGGAGGGCUCCGGCCGGGGCAGCCGCCGCCUCCACCUCGGGCUCUGGCCGCCACGGCCGCGCGGACACAAUCACCGGCUUCGCAGACCAGGCGACCCAAGACGAAUCGGCCGCCGAGACCGGCCAGAGCUUCCUAUUCGACGUGUCCAGUCUUUCCGACGCCGACGAGGUGGUGGGCGCGGAGCUGCGCGUGCUGCGCCGCGACUCUCCGGAGCCGAGCUCCGGCAGCGCGAUUCCCCCGCCGCUGCUGCUGCUGCUGUCCACGUGCCCCGGCGCCGCCAGCGCGCCGCUCCUGCUGCACUCGCGAGCGGCCGAGCCCCUGGACGGUGCGCGCUGGGAGGUGUUUGACGUGGCGGACGCCGUGCGGCGCCACCGCCGCGAGCCGCGCGCCACCCGCGUGUUCUGCCUCUUGCUGCGCGCAGCGGCCGGGCCGGCGCGGGGCCCGCUGGCACUGCAGCUACUGGGCUUCGGCUCGCGGGGUGGAGGCGGGGCCGCGGCGGAAGAGCGCGCCCUGCUCGUUGUCUCCUCCCGCACACAGAGGAAGGAGAGCCUGUUCCGGGAGAUCCGCGCCCAGGCCCGCGCGCUCGGGGCCGCGCUGGCCGCGGAGCCGCCGCCGGAUCCGGGACCCGGCACCGGCUCGCCGACGGCGGUCAUCGGAGGUCGCAGGCGGCGGCGGACAGCGCUGGCUGGGACGCGGGCGGCGCAGGGCAGCGGCGGGGGCGCGGGCCGGGGCCACGGGCGCAGGGGUCGGAGCCGCUGUAGCCGGAAGCCGCUGCAUGUGGACUUCAAGGAGCUGGGCUGGGACGACUGGAUCAUCGCGCCGCUGGACUACGAGGCGUACCACUGCGAGGGCGUUUGCGACUUCCCGCUGCGCUCGCAUCUCGAGCCCACCAACCACGCCAUCAUUCAGACGCUGCUCAACUCCAUGGCGCCCGACGCGGCGCCUGCCUCUUGCUGCGUGCCUGCGCGCCUCAGCCCCAUCAGCAUCCUCUACAUCGACGCCGCCAACAACGUGGUCUACAAGCAGUACGAGGACAUGGUGGUGGAGGCGUGUGGCUGCAGGUAG